CAUCAUUGGCUAGUGUGUGCUUCCUCUUGUGUGCGCCUUGAGGUUUGAAGGUGGAGCUUCAUGGAGUUCCUCUUGGUUUCAUUUACAGUUACCCUAACAUUUUGAGUUCUUGUAUCUGUGCUGUUAUGGUAUACAUCACUGACUUCCCUCAGGAUCUUAAUUAGCGUCUCCUAGCGUUGUCAAAGAUGACCGGGAUCCAGUACCUGGCUUGUCUGUGGACUCUGUUCAACACCCAAACUGGUCUUGGUAAGUUCUGCUGGUGGCCCUGUCAUCUGCUUUCCAACGUUCACUGUGAAUUGUACUUAGGGCUGAGGACUGUAGUCAUCUCUGGGGGAAAUCAUUGGGAGCCAAUUUCUUCAACGGGCUGGAAAUAACAGGAACACUUACGUGUCACUAUGACAUUGGGAUAUCAAAUUAAUUUACCCGGUCAUUUUAGGUCAAGGUUUGUAGUGGUAUCAUAGUGGAUUCCACUGUUGCUUUGUCCACCUCAUAUAUGUUGAAUGUUUGGUAGGAAGAUUAUUAAAUAUGAUUUUAAGAAGUUGGUGGGGGCACAAUUCCCAAUUUGUCUUUAGAUUUAAUUUUUUUUUAAUUAAUUUUUUUUUUUUUAAGCACAGUAUAUUUGAAAUUUUUUCAGACAGGUUGAAUCUUUACAUACAGGAUUAGUCAUGUUUUUGUUGCCCUCUACCCUACCACACCAAUUAGCUGCAAAAUGUUUCUCAAACAGCAACAGAAGUGUAACUUUCCCUUCGAAACGCGUGCAGUUCUUUCAACUAGUGCGCGGUGACCUGCGGCUCCUGGAGAGGCACGAGGGGGACUCUGUCGUCUUCCCUUGUGCGGUGGCGCAGAGACACCCCGCGCCCUUCGGCGUCUACCUGAAGCGAAGCCUGCGGCACCCGAGCGACGUGCUGUUCAUGUACACCGAGAGCGACUUUAGUGUGGGCAACGACGACGACCGGGGCCGCCUGAGCGUCAGCGGAGACCCGGGCAGCCACUCUCUGAACGUGACCGUCGCCCGGCUGAGGGCCAGUGACACGGACCGCUACCACUGCGAGUUCGUCGUGAACAACCCUUCCUCCGAGGACGAACGGGUGCAGGGGGAGUCGGAGUUCUUCCUCCUCGUUACGGCCGAUGGCCUUGGGUCGGUGGACAUAGGGUUGGUAGAGACAUGUGCCGGGGGCUCAGCCAUACUCCCCUGUCUCCCCCCAAACGGGGAAGGCUUGGCCGUGGAGGGGGUGAUUCUGAAGCGGCAGAGGGGCCGGGCUCCUGUGGAGAUGUUGUACCACUCAAAGCAUCAUCACGGCGGCAGCAGCCCUCCUUCCUCCUCCUCCUCCUCCUCCUCUCAGUUCCGUACUGAGAGGGUCCGGCUGUCCUCGGCGCCCGGCCCUGGUGGCAUCACCUACAAUCUCACCCUGCAGCAGCUGCAGCCAGACGACAGUGCCCUGUACAGCUGCCAGUUGCUUGUGCGCGGCAGGUCUGACACCAGCAGCGGUCUAGGGAGACGAGUGCUCUUUGUUUCUGUGCAAGGUGGCCAUUGCAGCUGCUCCGGCUACUCCGCUCUGCUGUACGCUCUGUCCUCAGCUGUAGCCGCUCUCCUCCUCGUCCUCAUUGGAUUCGUGGCAGUUUAUAAAGGCAGAGCAAGCCACGGUGUCAAGUCACAACAUCAGGCUCCCAUCUACGAGGAGAUGGCCAGGAUGAAGCCUCUCACCCAAAAACAGGCCCCUCAUCACCUGGCGGAAACAGAGUCUUCCGAGUACAGAAACUGCCCUAUUACGAAAUCCUGUCCUGAAAACCAUUAUGAAAGCCCGAGUGGGGCCCUCUGUCCCAGGACUUAGUCUCAGAAAUGAAAUAUUAGACCACCUCACCAGCAUAAUGAACUAGAUCUACUUCCCUACUCACCUGCCUGUGAGACACCGAACUCUGAAAUUAGCUCUCUGAAGUCUCUUCAACACAUUUUUACGGCUAAGAUUCUCAUUGUUUUUCUUUUUUUCUUAUUAAUUGGACUGUAAUAACUGCUGGCAAUGGGGUGGUCAAUAUGGAUAAGAUAUAUAUCAUCACAAAAUUUUAUAUCACAAUGUCAAUAUAUAUAUUGAUGUGAAACUUCUUGAAAAUCAAUUGAGAAAUUGUUAAUGGAAAAUAACCGGACAGGAAUGUCUGUUUUUGGUAAUUUCAGCAAAUUAAGGGUGCCUUGUGGGAUUUUGUUUAAAAAAAAGUUAUGUUUAAGUUAUUAGUUAUGUUUAUAUUCACCAGCUGUGUUUGGAGGUUGAUAGUAAAGGCAAAAUUUGAAAAAACUUCCUCAAUUGCGUGAAAAAGGUUUUACACUCACAUGAGGUGGUUUGGCCUUUUUCAAAAAAGAAUUAAUGUGCUUAAUGGGAGAUGGAAACACCUUUCCCAAAUAAGUUCUGAUGGAGUGAAUAUUUAAUUCACGACUGAUCAGCUGUUUCCGCUUCUAGAGAAGAAGCUGACACACUAGCUGACAUGAAAGCAUAAUUAUAACUUGUAAAAAAAAUAAAUAACUCAAAAUUCCUGAAGCCCUCUCCGUUUCUCUCUCGUAGAUGGCCUUAAAAAUAUUACUCCAUAGCGCCACUAGGGGUCAAAAGGGGACCUUUAAGUACCUGGCAAAUCAAAGUACUUUAUCACAUUGCUAAAAUCAAAUAAAAAUCAAAUAUUUCCAAGAA